AUGGCCGGAAUGAUUCACAGUAACCUACCUGUAUUUGACGGCAAGGGGUUCGAUGAUUGGUGCGUGAAGAUGGACGCAAUUAUUGGCUUUCCAGAAGUGGACGAAAUAGUCAAGAAAGGCUUUAAAGAACCGUUGAAGGGAGACUCAGAAGAAGUGAAGAGACAACACAAGGAGAACAAGAGGUUGGACUGCAAGGCUCGAAUGUUGUUGCAUCAGUGUGUGUCGGCUGCUAUCUUCCAGAAAGUCUCGAAAGCUGUUACGGCAAAGGAGGUUUGGGAUAUCCUACAAGAAAGAUAUGGUAAUUCCGGCAAGGUGAAGAAGUACGAUCACAUCGUGGUUGCCAUAGAGGAAUGCAAGGAUCUUGAAACAAUGAAAGAAGAAGAACUGCAGAAUUCUCUAGAGGCGCAUGAGCAGCACUUAAUUGAAAGAAAGAAUGCAGAAAAGGAUGCGGUGCAAAGGAUGAAUCAAGCACUGCAGGCCAGAAACAAUCAAAGCUUCAAAGGUCGUGGACCUGGAAGAGGCAAAGGACGGACACGCGAUGGCCGAACAAGUGGUAAAAGCAUGAAUCCCUCUGAUCAAACCAGUGAAGACAAUGGAGGUGAGCAGAAGGAGGGAAACAAUAGAGGAGGCAGACAAUUCAGAGGCAGAGAAAGAAGAGGGCAUGAUAAAAGAAAUGUUCAAUGCUACACCUGUAAUAAAUACGGGCACUACUCUGCAGAGUGUUGGCACAAUGAAGCCGCGAAGAAGACCAAGAAUGACGAGAUGGUGAAUCUUGCUCAGGAGGAUUGUGAUUCGGAGUCAGAUCUUGUUGUGUUGAUGAGUACUCUAGAACGAUUAAGAGGAGUUGUGCAGAGAAAUAGUGCGAGACAGGUGUGA